AUGAUUUUACAAACUUCCAUCAUGGUCUUCAUGGCCCAUAUCUUCCUCCUCCUCGGUCUUCCGACUGCCCUGGUUGGCGCCACUCCGAUGACCGCGAAGACCAACGAACUCGCAGUCACAGAGCGAGCCGCCUCAAGCUACUGGGUUGGCAGUAUCAAACGUCAAGGUGUCGCUCCUUUCAACAGCAAUGCCGAUUACCAGGUCUUCCGUAACGUUAAGGAGUUCGGUGCUAAGGGUGAUGGUUCUACCGAUGAUACUGCUGCCAUCAACAAGGCUAUUUCGUCCGGUGGACGUUGCGGCAAAGGGUGUGAUUCGUCGACCACCACUCCGGCCCUCGUGUACUUCCCUCCCGGUACCUAUGUUGUUUCCAAGCCUAUUGUUCAGUAUUACUACACCCAGAUCGUUGGUGAUGCCGCCGAGCUCCCUGUGAUCAAGGCCUCCGCUGCCUUUGCCGGCAUGGCCGUCAUUGACGCCGACCCGUACGAGGACAAUGGUGAUAACUGGUUCACCAACCAAAACAACUUCUUCCGUGCCAUUCGCAACCUGGUCAUUGAUCUUACUGCGGUCCCCAAGGGCUCCGGUGCUGGUAUCCACUGGCAGGUUGGUCAAGCCACCAGCUUGCAGAACAUUCGUUUCGAGAUGGUCAAGGGUGGCGGUGCCGCCAACAAGCAACAGGGUAUCUUCAUGGACAACGGCUCCGGUGGUUUCAUGUCCGAUCUUACCUUCAACGGCGGUAACUACGGAAUGUUCCUGGGCAACCAGCAGUUCACUACUCGUAACCUGAAGUUCAACGGCUGCCAGACUGCCAUCUUCAUGAACUGGAACUGGGCCUGGACCUUCAAGUCUCUCGACAUCAACAACUGUGAGGUUGGUCUCAACAUGUCCACCUCUCCCAGCAACCAGACUGUUGGCUCGGUCAUGAUGCUCGACAGCAAGCUCACCAACACUCCCACUGGUAUCGUCACUGCUUGGAACAAGGAGAGUGUUCCCAUUGGCGGUGGCACUCUCGUCCUGGAGAAUGUCGACUUCUCUGGCUCCAAGGUCGCUGUCACCGGCGUCGAUGGCGACUCUAUUCUCACUGGUGGCUCCGUCGUCAAGAACUGGGUUCAGGGCAACACCUACUCCCCAUCUUCAGCCAGCAAGCGCGCUACCCAGCCCGAAUCUGACGACGAGGAGGUCAUCACUAUCACCAAAACCGUCAUGCACACUGUCAACGCCUGCGCUGCGACUAACGGCCUCGCCAGCACUCUCGCCACCAACCAGGAGCCGUCCUCUGUUGAGACCUCCGGCGCUGUUAGCAGCGGUCAGGCUACUCCCGUUCUGCCCACUAGUACUGACAGUGGCGAGCGCACUGUCGCUACGGGUACCGGUGGUGGUCUUCCAGACCCCAUCAACAGUGUCUUGUCCAUCUUUGUUGGAUCCACCGGCACAUACGAGCUCCCCGCGUCAACUCCCGAAGCUGCCACUGAUGCCACACCUGUUGUAGUUGCCUCUAGCCAGGGUUCCCAAAUUCCCGUCGUCCAGUCAACCCCUGCAGUUGUCGCCUCCGGCUCCGGCUCGGGUUCUGGAUCUGGAUCUGGCUCGGGUACCACUAGCUCCCUUCUUUCCCACAGCACCAGCUCGAGCUCAUCUGGAUCCGGAUCUAGCAGUGGCUCCGGCACCUGUAGCUCUGAGCAGACCGUCUCUAAAGGCCGCACCCAGGGUACCCUCAAGUCCUCCGCUAUGCCAGAUAGUCUUCUAGAUGCUGGUGCUGUCUUCGAAAAGUCCAAGCCUCUGUACGAGGACGUUCCUGCUUCUUCUUUCAUUAGCGUCAAGUCUGCUGGAGCCAAGGGUGAUGGUAAAACUGAUGACACCAAGGCCAUCCAGAAGGUCCUUGAUAGCGCUACCGCCAACCAGGUUGUUUACUUCGAUCACGGUGCCUAUGUUAUCACCUCGACCAUCAAGAUCCCCAAGGAUAUCCGCAUCACCGGUGAAAUCUGGCCCAUGCUCAUGGCUCAUGGUGCCAAGUUCCAAGACCAGAAGAACCCUGUCCCUCUCUUCCAGGUUGGCCAGAAGGGCGAGUCCGGUUCAGUCGAGAUGAGCGACCUCAUCAUCACCACCAAGGGCUCCACCCCCGGUGCUAUCUUGAUGGAGUGGAACCUCGGUGCUUCCUCGCAGGGAUCCGCUGGUAUGUGGGAUGUUCACUUCCGCAUUGGUGGUGCCGCCGGUACUGGUCUCCAGAGUGAUACCUGUAAGAAGACUCCUUCCGUCAAGACUACCCCCAAGGAAGAGUGUAUCGCCGCUUUCAUGCUCUUGCACGUCACCGAGAAGGCUAGCGCCUACCUCGAGAACAACUGGUUCUGGACCGCCGAUCACGAGCUUGACCUCGACGACCACUCUCAGAUCAACGUCUAUACUGGCCGUGGUGUGCUCAUUGAGUCGAAGAGCCCCGUCUGGCUGUGGGGUACAUCCUCUGAGCACCACCAGCUCUACAACUACCAAGUCUCCAGUGCUAAGAAUGUCUUCAUGGGUCUCAUUCAGACUGAAACUCCCUACUACCAGUCCAACCCCAGCGCUCUGGUUCCCUUCACUCCUCAGACCUCCUGGAGCGACCCUGACUUCUCUACCUGCAAGACCGCCUCCUGCCGUAAGUCCUGGGGUCUCCGUGUCCUCGACUCGUCGGACCUUUUUAUCUACGGUGCCGGUCUGUACAGCUUCUUCGAGAACUACGCCCAGUCCUGCCUCAACUCCGAGGACUGCCAGGAGAACAUGGUCGAGGUUGACUGCUCGGAUGUUCACAUCUACGGUCUCAGCACCAAGGCCUCUGUCAACAUGGUCACCUCUUCCAAGGGCAAGAGCAUGGUGCCCGAGAACGAGAACACGAGCAACUACUGCUCGACAAUUGCUCUCUUCGAGCAGACUAUCUAA